AGGGGGAGGGGAAGGGAAGGCGAAGAGGGACGGAGGGAUGGCUGGGAAUGCCACCUGGGAGGCCGAGGGCGAAGGGGGAGACAGCAGCAGCAGCAGGAGGAGCAGGAGGAGGAGGAGCAGCAGCAGAAGCAGGACCCGUUUUAGGGCAGCAGAGGGCAGCAAUUGCCCCAUUUGGUUCUCUGCUCGUCUUCCGAUGAGAGGAGCGAGGGCGAGAGGGAGGGAGAGGGAGAGGAAGGAAGGGGAGGGAGGGAGAGAGAGCGGUGGGGUGGGAUGUGGAUGUGCUGAGGAAUAGGAGGAGGAAGAAAAGCGAAGUGAAGCGCAGAGGGCCGGGGCUUGUGGGGGUUGAUGAGGUGGUGCUAGAGGUCGCCUGCCUGCCUGCUCGCUGCUCGCUGCUCGCUAUACAUCUUCUGCACGAGACAAGAGCCCGGUCUUUUUAUUUUUCCUGGUGUUUCUUCUUCCCUCCUCCUCCCUUCUCUGCGUCUCCUUCCGGUGCUCCAGCAGCAGCAGCAGCACCACCUCCUGUGUGUCGCAAGUGGGUCAGAGCAAGUGCAGGCCCAAUCGAGCGAGAGUGGCCGAGUGGCCGUGAGAGGGAGGGCUCGUCAGAUAACGGUGGUGGAGGGAGGUGCCGAGAGAGUGAGAAGAAGCGAGCACGCCUGUUCUGCUGAUGCCUGAUCCUGAAGACCAUUAAACACGAUCCAGAGAUUCUGGGUGUUUUGGGCGGAGCUGUGCUCUUUCUCCUGUGCCCUCGGAGUUCAAAUGAGGCCUGGGGCAGAUUUUAUGAAAAUCGGCAGAGAGGGAGAGCUUGGAAGCUAGAGAGGGUUUUGGUCGACGUUUAGGUUUCAUACGGAGAAGUUGAGUGACAGAAAUCCUUCACCUCACCUCUGGCCGAUGUUAUACAAACCUGGGCGGGUUCAUAACUGGUGUUGGAGGAGGUGGAGGGACGGGAAGGAAAGUUUUGACAGUGACUGAAGCGGAGGUAUUAGGAGUGGGCUACGGAGUGGGUGGAACUCGGAUCACACAAUGGACGUCCAGAAUCAGCCAGGAAUGAAGCUACGAGUGCAGGCAAUCGAUGCCAGAGGCAGGGAGGGUUAUGAGGGAUGAUGAGCUGGUGAUGGAGUUGUGAAAGGAGAAAUUCACUUUUCUGAGGAGCGGAACUUUCCCCACACGUAGAGAUAGACAACAUAGUCGAGUAUUCUCAACCAUUCCACGCGCAGGAUAAAACCUGCAAUCAAAUGGUGCUUAUUUAGGUUAUUCAAGUCAUCCCUACCCUGGCCCAAGUCGCCCUUGGCCUCCUGCUACUACCUUAGCCAUCGACGAUGCUCUAAUGUGGGCGUGGAGGUUGGUCAGCGCUGAAGGGCCGCCCUAGCUGUCGUACGAAGAGUGCGGAAAAUUCUCUUCACCAUCUCAGUUUUGUGGUCUCGGGAAGUUUCUUUCGCGCUCACCUUUCCAUCUGUCUCUGCCCCCAUCCCCCCGCAUCCUCUCUAAACUGAAGACUUGGGUAUUCCGAGACUCUCGUUCUCUUCAGAACAUCUCCAUCGCCAUCUGCUGUUUGUUUCGAUUACGCCCGUGUUGUGAAGACACUGCUGUUUGGAUAUACACAUAUAUCUGCAACCCUGUAUAUCUCAGCCAAAAGAAGAUAAGGUUUCGCAAACUCAACCUACAUCGUGAGAUGCCCGGACACAUUCUGGUUUCCUCAAGAGGGCAUUCUCCGUAAGAAUGAGUAAUCAAUGCUGGAUGUUUCUCAGAAGUUACGACACGUAGCUGAUUCCGAGAAGUUCGGCUUCUUUAACCUUCAGCCUUCCAUAGCCCGCUUGACAGGAUACCAGGACGGCCUUGCAUUGGCUCACCUUCUAUCACGGCCAAAGUUUGCCCUCCAGGAGUGUUCGAGCCGUGUGAAGCUCUUCCUCAGUAUCUUACUCUGGUUCAUUGCUGUGGCUGGCAUCUUUCUUCAAACUAAUCGUCCCUUAGUUUCUUGGUACUCGGGGCGAUCCGCCGGCAAGCAAUUGCCAAUUGAAGAUCAGUGCUGUCAAGUGGUUUCAAAGGGACAAUUGACUGAGGAGUCGACACUGACAGUGACCUGACGGUCACUGGUUUCUCCGAUUGGUACUUUGCCUACGCCUACUUAGACAAUGCUGAUUCUUCAUUCGCACAAUUUGCAUUGAGCAAUUACUACAGGGAUGGAUGAGUUCAGGCGAUGCUCGGGUGAGAUGGCAAAUCUCGUUUGCACGACGUUUUUGUCGCCUAUUGGAACGUUCUAGUUUUUGUGACUAAGCGAGCUUGAAUUGGAUUACACCGAGGGAGGCGCGUGGAGUUCAGAGGCUCGAAAGUGAACGACCUGUGAGCAAUUAGGAGUGAGAGGGAGCUGAGAGGUUAAAGGGGUUGAAUGCAGUGACAUGGUGCAGCGGAGGUGGCGGGGUACGCCUCCCUUCAUUGGGUACUGGCGCCUGCUGCUUUCUGCAUUUCCUGAAGGAAGUCGUGCCCACACACACAAGCGUUCUGCACGAUGUCUCGCUGCUAUCCAUACCCGCCUCCGGGAUACCAAAAGAAGGCCCAACAACCGGAAGUGAGCGCUGCUGCUCCUAAGGCUCCUCAAAAGGAGAAGCACAAGAGCAAGGACAAAGAGAAGGAGAAGAAGGGAAAGGAUAGUGAGAAGGACAAGGAUAAGGAGAAGAAGGACAAGGAGAAGAAGGAUAGGGAGAAGAAGGAUAGAGAGAAGAAGGACAAGGACAGGGACAAGGAUAAAGAGAAGAAAGAUAAGGACAAGAGCAAGGACAAAGACAGGAGGGACAAGGACAAGAGGGACAAGGACAAGGACAAAGAGAAAGAGAAGGACAACGACAAGGAAUCCAAGAGGGAGAAGAGAAAGAAGGAUGUCGAAACCAAUGGAACGUCACAUGGUGACAAGGACCCGCGGUCCAGUAAGCUUCAGCGAACAGAAGUGCUCCACUCCACUGAAGAAAAUGGGAGAGUGCGCGAGAUCAAGACUACUGCUGCUGUUGUUGCGCGUCCUCUUGACAGGGAUGGCAAGGAUGCCGCCAAGGCUCUUGACAAAGAUGGCAAGGAUGGUGCCAAGCCUCUUGACAGAGAUGGCAAGGAUGCUGCCAAGCCCCGUGGUAGUGUUGGAGGACCUGCUACUCGCCCUUCCUCCAUGUACAGUAAAGAACAACAUCAACCGAACGGCAAGGUUGACCGUACCCUGCCACCCAUAGUUUUGUCAAAGCCCGUGACAGGUGAUAGUCCACCAGCAGUCAAAGUAGAAGAGGCUGCUCCUAGUAGUAGGCCUAGCAAUCAUAAUCAUCAUAUUGAUAGCAAUAAUUCAGGCUCACACAGACCUUCAAAGUUGCCAGAUUUUUCCGUUUGUGACACUAUGCCCCAGCGUACCUCUUGGUCAGCUAUUGAUGAUGAGGAAUGGCUGUCUCCAUCGAGUGAGCAAGUCCACCAAAAGCCUAAGGCUAAGGUGGAAGAGGAUACUCCACAACAGGUUUGGGCGGAUCCUAUUUACUUGGAGUCUGUCGAAAUGUACGCCUUGCCUUACGUGGUUCCUUAUUGAGAUUUAUGUUGAUGAUUUGUCAAAUGUAGUAUACGGUUUAACGGUAGGAGACGAAAGAGUUUGUCUCUAAGAGCUUCAGAUGAUCGGGCAAUUAUAGGUUGCAUGGUGUUUCUGCUCGAGUCUUCCAUGCAUUCGUGGCAAGGCAGUUGAUCCUUCAGAUAACUGUUCAGAGGUUUAUAAAAUCUCGUCAUAAUGCAUUGCUGGAAAAAACUGCAUCAUUCAGCGAGAGGAUGUAGAAUCAACCAAGCGGGUAUAUGGUUUAUGAGAUGCGAACAAUUGAAUUACCUGUAUACUCGUGAAGCCCAAUCAAAUGAGGAAGUUUUGCUCAUUGUUUUAUUCUUGUAGGUAAAUGCUGGUCUGCUGAGCAUAUAGGUAAGCAAAACAGCACAAUAGAGACAGGCACAGCAUUUACUCUGCACUUUAACGAGCCCUGUACUGUCGGAUUGACAAUUUGAGAUUUAGGUCUCAUGUAACAUAUGUAUUCUUUGUUACCCAAAUGAAAUUACCAGAAGAGCU